GUCGUGUAAGUGCUUCUGGGCAAUGGCUGCAACCCGCGGAAGGUCGCUUGUUCCCGCGCGCAGCUUCUGCGUGGAGCCACACGUGGCGGUGACCAAGAACACGUUCAUCAGCCACUUCAUCGGCGUAGAUGAUAUCCCCCCAGCAACGGAGGUGCGCAGCAUGUCAGAGCCACCCCCGCGCAUCUACGGGCCCGUGGACUCUCCGAUCGCGCCAUCCCCGCGCAUAUGCGAGCCCGCGCACUCUCCGACCGCGCCGUCCCCGUUUGCAGAUUUGCGCGAAAGCACGUGCAAGCCGCCAAUCUCGUCUGCGGAGCACAACAGGCUGGUGAAGGACCUUGCAAUCUUCAAUUCCUAUUUUUUCUACAAGCCUGCAUGGGGCCUACAGAUCAAUCCAGCAGGCACUAAUGUCAAGAUGGUGAAGAAGCGGGCUCCGACCGCGGCGGAGUUGCACCACUUCCACCUGACGCGUUUCCGCUUGUCUGAGGGCGCGCCGAAUCGCACGCAGGAGAAACCAGAUGCCUGUCAGGUUGCGCCCCCCCGCCGCAAAGUCAAGGCCCGUCGCCCUGUCGGCAACGGCGGCGCUGUCAGCAGGGCGCCAAACCCAACAGACAUCGAGGAUAUAGACCGCAUCAUUCGUGAAUUUCAGCAUCUCGCGGGCCCGUCCACAUUCCCGCCUGUCACCCGAAAGAAGAAAGCUGCAACGGCAUCGGCCAGGCGGAUGGCUCAGGGACAUUGCUACGCGGACCAGUGCCUCAAGCACGGCUUGCGCUUCCUCGGGGACAAUCUUCAUUUGGAGGAAGUGCCGCAUACUGAGUUGUUCCAGGGUGGCAAAUUCAUUGUGCAGAAAGGCCCCCAUGCGGUGGGCGUGCGGGUUCACCCCGACGGCAUGGUGCACUGCGACGACAACGGCGGCCGAUUCUUUUUCGGGGCCCAGCAGAUCAUCACCAACUCGGAAGUAUCCGAGCCGUUGCCUACGGUCGACAACCCAGAGCUGCACUUGACCAGGAAAGUGCACGUGUACAGGCUGGCGAAGGGCGCGUCUCCCGUCCUUCCGCUCAGCGGGCACGCCGUCGUCUGGCCGCCGCCGCUUGGCCGCGAUGCAUUGGUCGGGGCGUCGUCCAGCCCGGCGGGCCCGUCGAGUGGUCGGCCAGACGCGGCGCGGCCAGCGCCGCCGUCUCCGUACACAGAGCAGCUGGGAAGACAAAUACUGGAACGCCCAGUGCCAAGCUCGCUUGAACUUGGCACGCCUGCGGGGGUAAGCCCCAAGCGGCGUAAGCUUGGAAAGGGGAUCAUCAAUUCCUUCCAGGGCCCCGCAGCCCCGCCAUCUCCGCCGCGCAGUCCUGGCGGGCAGCCGCCCGAGGCGAUCACAGCAGGGAAGACCAUUCUGGCGCGCAUGGUGGAACUGCGGCGGGAAGCACCCGCGGCGUUCCCCAGCGUCGGAGCAGACGUGCAAACAAUAUUAACUCUUCUGAAGUAUUUGAUUGCGGACGCCAAGAUGACGGACUUCAAGGUGUUGUCGCAUUCCAAGCUGGCUUUGCUCCUUGCCCUCAGGUGUCUAGACCUUCGCGCGCAUGAGUACAAUUUGUUUGAAUAUGAAGAAAGCUCUGGCGCUUGGUUGCCUGCAGAGAUUCUCACGAACAUGAACAAAUAUAUGUUCCUUGCCGCCGAGGGCGUGCUACUGAGGGUUCCUGCUGCCCACGCUAAGGGCGAACCGCCACUUGAAUGGGAUUGCGAAAAAGUGGGGCCUAUAAUGUGGGAUACAAUCCGCGCUCGGAUCCAAGCAGCGGGGAACGAUGGAGAUGCGCUGUCGGGCUUCGUUUCUGAUGCCAAGAAGGAGGGCGAUUACAUGCGUCGUGUUUCAAGUAAUAAGCCAUGGAAUUGCCACUUCCUGCCAAGAUUGGCAGACGCGCUGUCGAAGCUGGCCAUCUACUUCGACACGGAUUCGGGGAUGUCUGCCAUGACAAAGCUCUUCCUCAAAACAUGCUCGACGCCGCUCCCCGCGUGUCGGGGAACGGCAUUCGUUGACAAGUACAUCGAUGAGUUUGGCAACGAGGCUCCUCGGAGUAGAGAUAAUGACUGUCACUUUAAAGUGCCCUUCAAGUUCGACGUCACAGAGGCGGAUGUCACGAAGCCUGGGUGGAGCAUCAGCAGAUACGAUGAGGAGCUCGACUUGUGGAUCAAAUCGAUGUAUUACCAGAACGACGCAUUCUUCUCUGUCAAAUUGUUAUUGUGGAAGCUCGCCUUCAAGGGCAAAGAGGCAUGGAAGAUGACGUUCGAGUGGGGCAAGGGAGGGGACGGCAAGGGCCGCGAGUUCGUGUUCGAGAAGGCGCUGUUCGGCCACAGCUUCGGCAGCCUCGACUGCGCCGUCUUCCUGGACCGAUCCGAAUGGAGGCGCUCCGCGCAAUUCGCUUGGAACAGGAUGGGCAAGGCAACGUUCGUGAAGACGGAGGGCGAGGUGGACCACGCCAACGGCAAGUUUCUUUUCAAGCACGAAGAAAUUCUCGACGAUCAACUCCGUGACCCAAUUACUCUGUCGAGAUUUUUCAAACGCUACAUUCACGAGAUUGAUGUAGAUUACACGGACGACGAAGCGAUCCCCCUCCUGAACAACUUGGGCGAGAUUGACCCGUCUCUGGCCGAAGACCAGGAUUGGUUGGCGAAGAAUUUAAGUGGCCAGUCGAGCUCCGAUGGGCCUGGCACGGCAGAUUCAGCCCAGGCAGAUAACUUGCUGCGGCGGGUCCACCAGGCCACGCGCAACGUGCGCAUUAUAAAGCCCCGCGACCUCUCAGAUCUCAAUUUUCUCCCCGGCCUCAAGAAGGUGGAAAGCAGCACCAAGGGCAAGAAAACGAAGUUGCAGACAUUCGAGGAUGCAGUGUCAAGGGGUACACUUUCAAUAUUUUGCCCGUCGGGGGGUGUCAGGAAUGAGUUCAGGAAGCUCAUGGUCGACGUCCAGAAGAUGGAGGAAUGCGUCGAGACUUGCGGAGGUGCAGAUGUAUUUGGCGAUUGGCAAACGUGGGGCAAUGCGUUUUCUAUCAUGGAUGAUGUGAAGCAGCUCCCUGAACUCAGCCAUGACGAGCUCAUUGAUAUGACGUCGGGCCCGAAGACAAAUCAUAGCCCGUUGCUCGUGCAGCAGAGAUCGCGACAGCCCGCGCCCGAGCUGGUGGAGCGGGUGAACAUCAAGCUGCUCCAAGCAUACGCCCAGAGGGGCGAGGACAAGAACCAACAGUUUCUAAAGAAGACAAUCGAUAGGUUGGUGACUGAAGGUCGCCCAGUUGAGCCAGCGUGGCAGGGCCUGUGGGAGACGCGCACGGCAUACUACGUCAAGGACGGCUACGGGCGGCAGCUGGCUGCGCAGUAUUCCAUGCAGAGCGCAACCAAGCUGGCAAAGUCAUUCGCGUUCAGGACCCACGCAGUGGAUGUGGACCAGGAGGACAGUCACAACCGACAUCUUCUCAACCUACUUGAAGAUGAGGGCUUCCUUGAUGCCGCGGACAGCAAGUUUUCCAUGCUGCCAUUGCGCGUCGUGAACAGGGGCGCGUGGCUGCGGUUCAUGGAGCACUAUGGCGGCCUCUGCGAGAACGACGCUAAGACUGCAAUGCAAGCAAUAAGCUACGGCCACUUCCCUAAAAGCGAGGCUCCAUUCCUAUGGAAACUUGCAGACGAAUACAACGACGCCGUGAACAAAGUUGCCAGCUUAUCGAAACAUCAGUGGCUGCAGGCCACGCUGUCAUCUUUGCAGACGGAUUGCUCGGUGUCUGCAUUCCUUCGCAGUUUUGACGGGUGCGUUGUGUCGCGCCAGGGCGACGCUGAGCUGGGUUCGAUAAAGGCGUCUCUCGCCUCGACCUCGGCGCAGCAGAACGUUGUCAUCCGCGUGAAGGGGUGGGCGCCAGACGACAUGCACUCUAUCCCAGUGAGGAUGUUUGAGGAUAGACUUGCUCGGGAACUGGAAGAACCUCUGCCGCGUUUGUUGGGCGUUGCCAAAUGCCUGCUGAAUUCCGUGCAGAAUCUGGGUAUCGGCCACACGUGGCCGCUGGAUGAGAUGGAUGACGGCCCGUACCCCGUGCUCGAUCUAAACAAUGCCAUAUCGAACGCAUCGCAACGGAGCAGCAGCGACUUGGUUUUGGAUCAUGUGAUGCCGCCUGACGACUCAGCGUCAUGCGCGGGGAAACAUUUCGUGGUCCACCAGAAGUUAACCAGGUGCUGGCAUUUCUUCAGCGCGAGCGUGUGCGACGACCUCGGCACGCGGCUGAUGGACGACCUGUGGGGCAAGGUUUUAAGCGUAGACACUGCCACAUUCUGGUCGUACAUCAGAGACGCGCAGGACGUGCACGUGCACGAGGCCAGGCAUCGCAUCCCCGAGGAUGACGGCGCCCAGCGGGACAGCCAUCCAUAUACUCUCAAGGGAGGCGGGCUGUUCGAUUCAGAAGGCGCGGCUGCAUUCGAUCUCCAGGACGGCUGCAACAUGCUGCGCCCUUUCGGUUACCAAGUGGAGAGUUGUCCGCCAUCGCGCGUGCGCAGCGGCGGCCUCUUCGUAGUGGACGACGGCGACGGCCACGCGCACGCGCUGCGCGUCGGCGAGUACGCUGUCGUUUGCUUCCGCAGCGGCGCGGCAGAGCUCAUUUCAAUGACCGAACUCAACGAGAUUCCUGCGGCCGCCGAUGCUGGAACGCAGAGUAUAUUCGUGGCUUCAGAGAUAAGCUCAUCGCCGUCGUCUGCGAAAACUUUGAGCGGGUCGGAUGAUGCCAUUGGCGGCGGGGAGUACGACUCGCUGUGUGGCGCAGGGGCCAGGAAGACCAUCCAGAAGAAGCCUGCGUCUUCCAGCAAGGGCUCAGCGGCUGCCGCCUCAGGCCAAGUGGGCGGGAAAUCAGGUCGAUGGCCUGAGGGAUUGGCUUCGGCCGUGCGAGAGGAGGCGCCCCAUUGGUGGAACUUGGCGAAUUGCAGGGAUGACUACGCGGAGUUCGGCUCUGCGCAUCACUGGAGAUGCCCUAUGUGCAUUGCCAGGGAGUUCACCGAGAAACGGUAUUUAAUCAUUCAUAUGAACAGGUAUCACAUUAAGGCUCGCUGCAGCAGUAUUUCAACAAAAGUGCAAUACGAUGUAAGUGGGCAGUGGGAUCAGAUGGUAUCGCGGCUCCGCUUCAACGAGCUGUGCGGGCGCGACGGCCAGAUCCCCGCUGGAAACAUAGUGAACCGCUGCGUAGUCGGCAUCAGAUCUCAAUUGGAGGAGCGCCCCUCGUGGUCGCGGCGCGAAGGCCAACUCGCGCGCGAUGUGAAGCGGUUGGACAAGCAAAUCACAAUUGCAUUGGACUUGGCAGACACGAGGUAUGGUUUAACGGAGGAUUGCAACAAGCACCACAAGGUGUCCGAUAAGUUCUAUUGCACGGGCACCUUCCUCAACGCUUACCUCGCUGCCAUGGCGUUCUACCAUACUUUAAACGAGAAGGUUGCCAACCACAUCAGUGUUCGGCGCGCCGUGGAACGGUGCCGCGCAGCAUGCGACGUCCGCGUUCUAGGCGUGGACCGAUUCUACAAGUCUUUAAUGUCUGUGCUGUACCAAGUUCCGCAUGGACAGAAGCAAGAUGCAGUCGCAGGGCAUGAUCGGUCUCCAUUGCGCGUUCUCAUUACUGUCCAAAGCAACGACAGCAUACUCGAGAUUUUCGGUUCCAAGUCGGAGGACCCCGUCCAGCAGGCGCGCGCUCUUCGGAAUGCAGUGCGCAGGGAGGACGCGGAGAAGGUGCAGAUGGUUUGCUCCGAUUUCCCUUCGACUUUGGAUCAGCGCAGCCAGUUGCGCGCCACGUUCCCCAACCUAAAGUGCGCCAGCAAAGACCCGCUGCACAUUGCCCUCAAGGUCGAGCAGGCGUCCAACGAGAGGACGACGGUGUUCUCUUCCUGCGUGCGUAGAUGCAUUGCUAAACUUCGCCUCGGGGGAUCCGGCAGAUCUCGUUAUUUCCAGUGUAGUGAUGGCCGCGCGGAACCUUCCAAACUGGCGACCGCAAUCGCUGCUAUGAGGCCGUCAGAUGCGAGGCGCUUGUACGAUCGCAUCCGAAACAGCAGCAGAUACGUGGAGAAGCCGUACGACCUCAUGUCCGACUUCGUUCAGGACUUGGCAGCGAUUUGCGCAACGCACCCCGACAUGAUGCAACGCAAAACAUCGAAGAAUGCCACAGUGCUUAGCAGCUUGGAACACGCGACGACGGCGCGGGAGCUGGGGUACAUUCAGAACUUUUGCAAGUACGUCGCCAACAACGCAAACUAUGAUGUGAUAUUUGGAACGACUCGCAACGAAGCAUUCCACAAGCAACUGAAGGCCUUUUACAGAAACGUAAUGUGGCAAACUCAACGACAUGCUCUGUGUAUUGCCACGGCCGCGAAGUUGGCAAAACUAUUCAUUGGCUUCUUAUCGAAAUGCCAUGGUGACCAGUCGCAUACUUUUGCAGAGCAUGAUAUGCUGGCCCAGUUUUCCCAAUUUCUUUUAGCAGAGGCACCUUUUCAUUUCGUGUCCCGCAUGAAACAUGCAGUAACGGCGAACGAAUCAGUAGACCAGGCCCUGCUGCCCUCCAACGCAAAGAUUACUCGCAAGCGCCCAGCAUCUGCGAUGUAG